AUGCCCUUGGUUCACCACAUCGUCUCAACCUCCUCAAGGCAACCGACCGCUACAACCCAAGCCAUUAUGUCGUGCCCCUCUGCAGCGCAGGAAACAGCACACAACCAGACAGAACAGGACGCUUCAGACAACCAGAAACUGACGGCAGCACAGAAAGCAGCAGACAACCAGGAGCUGACCAACAACGGCAAGCGCAGUCUCUCGCAGCUUGACCGCCCAGCAAAAUCCGGACGUGUCGCAGUCAACACGGACGAUCCUGUUUCAAUUGAAGAUGCGCUCUUCAGGGUGAAGAUGAACAGACUUCUCAAGUACAACCAGCCUGUUUACAUCUCUCCAAUGGCCAAGUCCAACCUACAAGCACCAGACAACAGCGCGCUUCCUCUCAUGGACAUGGUCGAGGGCUUUCUGGCGGACGACAGCCAAGUAAUGCUGGUUCUGGGUGAUUCAGGGGCUGGAAAGUCGACUUUCAACCGACAUCUGGAAAACAAACUAUUGACGAACUACGAGGCUGGGGACCGCAUCCCGCUCUUCAUCAAUCUCCCAGCCCUCAAACAACCCGAUGAGGAUCUUGUUGCAAAGCAAUUAAGGACCAUCGAUUUUUCAGAGGAACAAAUCUGGGACCUCAAACAGCACCGCCAGCUCCUGUUGAUCUGCGACGGCUACGACGAAAGCCAACUCACAUCCAACAUACAUACAGCCAAUUACUUCAAUAUACCUGGGCAGUGGGACGUCAAGUUGCUCGUUACCUGCCGCACUCAAUACCUUGGUUCUGACUAUCGCGAUCGCUUUGCGCCUAAGGCGUCCGGUCAAUACCAUCGCACUGCCAGUAAUCUCUUUCAGGAAGCCGUCAUCACCCCUUUCUCCAAGGAACAGAUCGAGCUGUACGUCGAACAGUUCGUCCCACUCAUACCCCGGACUUGGGUCAAGAAGGACUACAUGGACAAGCUGGCAACCAUCCCCAACCUCUCGGACCUGGCCAGGAACCCCUUUCUAUUGACUCUUGCUUUGGAGGCUCUCCCAAGUGUUGUCGAUAGCAGAAGCGAUCUCUCGAGGCUCAGGAUCACCCGCGCCGAGCUCUACGAUACAUUUGUAGAUCACUGGUUGGAGGUCAACAAGCGCCGCCAACAAGACCAGGCGUUGAAGGAUAAACGCCAGGCAUUUGAGGAUCUUCUCGAGGACGGGUUUGUUCAUAAUGGGAUUGUCUUUCAGAAGGAGUUGGCGUGGGCGAUCUUUCAGGAGCAGAACGGCCGACCUGUCGUCGAAUAUUCCAACAGGCGGGACAAGUCAUCGUGGAAAGCGCGCUUCUUUGGUUCUGGCCACGAGAAAUCCCUGCUCAAAGAUGCCAGUUUGUUGAGUCGCACCGGCAACCAAUACCGCUUCAUCCAUCGAUCCGUCUUAGAGGAUGAUGACGAGUUUGCUCCGCAUGUUUAUUCAGAAGCUACUGGUGUAUCUCUUCCUAUCACCGACCAUCCACUGUCCAAGAGGAGUCUUGUCCCGGAGCCAUCGGUCAUCCAGUUUCUCGCCGAGCGUGUGCAAAUGCAGCCCAUCUUCAAGCAAUACCUUCUCGCUCUCAUUGAGCUUUCCAAGUCGGAUCCUCUGGCUAGCAUGGCCGCAUCCAACGCCAUCACAAUCCUGGUGAGAGCUGGGAGACACUUCAAUGGAGCUGACCUUCGAGGCAUUCGCAUCCCAGGAGCCAAUCUCACAGGUGGGCAAUUCGACUCGGCCCAGUUACAGGAUUCCGACCUGGCGGGGGUUAUAUUCACCAAGGCUUGGAUCCGACAGGCGGAUUUCACCAGGGCACGGAUGGAAGGAACACGGUUCGGAGAGCUCCCGAGUUUGCGGGAGGCGAGUGACGUAGAUUCAUGUACAUUUUCCCCAGAUGGAAGGUCUUUUGCAACGGGUUUGGAAAACGGCAACAUUAGUAUCUACGACACAACCACCUGGACAAGGAUUCGGGUACUUUAUGGUCAUGAAGCGGCCGUUGUGAGCCUCGCCUAUUCAACAACCGGCCUUCAACUUCUCUCCGGCGGCUCCGAUGGUACGGUGCGACUGUGGGAUGGUAAGAGCGACGCGACUGAUCGUGUUCUGAAGGGACAUUCCAAGGAGGUGAGAGCUGUUGCGUUUUCACCCUCAGGCAUGCAGUUCGCCUCAGCCAGCACAGACAUGUCAGUGCGCCUAUGGGACACCCAAACAGGAACCGUCACCUUUGUCAUAGAAGAUUUUGGCGAUGUCACAGGGAUCGCCUAUUCACCAGACGGGAACAACAUUGCCUCCUGCUGCAUGGAUGGACAAGUCGGAGUAUUCGACACACGGACGGGCCUACUGGUGCAAGGCUCUGGAACGAGCAACGUGAGAUACUGUUGCCUUGCGUAUUCCCCUAACGGAGAAUCCAUCGUCUCGGGUGAUGUCACCGGCGAGCUGCAACUCUGGGAGGCGACCACCAUGAUGCCGAGGAUCAAAUGGAGAGGACAUUCUGGACCAGUGACAAGCGUCGCGUUUUCACCGAACGGGCAAUGGAUUGUGUUUGGCAGCGACGACAAAACGGUCAAGGUGUGGGGUGGAGAUUCACCCGCACUUGUCUCUGUAUUCACAGGUCACACCCAAACCAUCACCUGUGUUGCAUUUUCCCCAAACGGCCCACUCAUUGCUUCAGGAAGUUGGGAUCAGACUGUACGGCUCUGGGAGGCGAACUCGGCUGGGUUUGGUCUCGGCGUAGAUGGCGCCUUCGACUCCAAGUCAAGUGUAGCCUAUUCCCCUGAUGGACGUUUUCUCAUCUCGCACGGUCGCGCUGGAGCCAUACGGCAACAUGAAGCGGAGAGUGGCGAGAUUGGUCUUGUUAUUCGCCGCCAAGAGUUCCGAGUCAAUUCUAUCGCCUAUUCAUCGGACGGUCGUCAGAUUGCCAUGGGUGGCUCAGGAGGCGAUCUCACGUUGUGGAGCGCUCACACCGGCGCCCUUGAGAACAUUCUUCGCGGCCAUACUGAGGAUGUGAGAGCAGUUGCGUUCUCACCAUGCGGUCAAUGGAUUGCUUCCGGUGGUGACCUGGGGAUGCGACUUUGGGAUGCUCGAUCAGGCACAUCUAUUCAGGUCAUCUCCAGUAACGACGCCUGUUUCGUUCGAACUUUGUCGUUUUCGUCCAGCGGUGCUAAGAUUGCAUUUCAAGGCUACUUCGGAACAAUGCAAGUCUGGGAUGUGACGACUGGGAAAUGCAAGAAGGCAAUAGGCGGAAGCGACUAUGGGAACCACUUUGUAAGACCACAUGACUGGGAGUAUGUGCUGGCCGUCGAGGGUUGCGUAGGGGAGAUUGAGGAGAUUGUCUGGAGGGCUAACAAGUUGGAAUUUGCCACCGCCGAUAUGGGUGGAUCCACUCGUGUGUGGAGGGUUGUAGAGAGGUUCGACAAAGUCGCGGUCCAACUGGUGUGGGGUACUGGAGGAAGUGGUCUUGUUGCCUCGGGAUCGAUCCUUGACGAUGCCAUUGGUCUUAACUCGCUCAACCUGAACUUGCUAAAGCAGCGCGGCGCUGUUCUCUCCGAGGACCUGUAG